CGUGUGGAGAUUCAUUGGUGGGAGGUUGGCCAGAGCCUCUGCAGUAGCGUCGGUUGCGAUCAUGUCAGAGGCAAAAGCCGUGUACGCGGCCUUCGUAAGCUACCCCUUCCACUGCGUCCUGUUGGUCUCGUUAGGCCUGGUUAGAGCCCGCUCCCUGGCCGUCGAUCAUCUCGUGUCUGCUAUCUCCUUCUUUUACUUGGUUUACUCCACUGCGACGAAGGCCUCCGCCGAACCCGCAUGGAGAGAUGACGUGAGCGAGUACCUCGUCCUCAGUCUCACUUCCUCGAUAUCGCUGCUUAUCUUCUCCUCGUCCGUGUGCAAACUGAUAUACAAACUAUCGCCCACUGAUAUGAGACCUCUUGUCAAUAUAAAAUGGAUCGGGUUCGGAAUCAUGAUGUGUUUGCUGAACCUUCUUCUUGACGGAACCGAGCAAAAGACUCUUGGGCCCAUUACGAACGACCAGAGCAUCUACUUCUACGUCUAUGCAUCUCGUAUAAUAGAAGGGAUCAGAGCCACGCUUCAAGUUUACAUAAUGGUGCCACGAGUGUGGACACAAAGAACUGCUCCACUAAAGAAAAAGACUCACCAAUUCCUAUUCAGCCUGUUAAUAUUGGGCCAGAAUGUACAGGAGAUUACAAGUUAUGGGCCAAACUGUUACUCCAUUGUUGAUAUCCUGCUUCAGCUGUGCGUAGUGCUCAAGACUUGGAAGCAUGCCUGGACAAAAACUCUUUUGCUUUGUGAUAGGUUUGUUUCAAUCGAGAAACUGAUCACUUUCCUUGCCAGCGUAAAAUCCAUGUGCUCUUCCACCAUUUCAAAACUGGCUGUGCCGACUCAAAGGACACUAGACUGGGUUACUGCCACAGGGCGUGGAAUGAGAAUAUCUGUUUACGUGUUUGGAGUACAACGUUCUUGGCAAAUUGUUACUUCAGGAUGUGAAUGGAUUCGCUCGACGACAGUUUCGUUCGUGACUGCAUCAUGUUUCUGCCUUAUGAAAUGGCUACGAAACGUCAUCCAACUAGCUCUGUCGGUCAGUUUUCUUGCGUGGAUCGACGCUGCGUGUCGGUUUCUCGUUAGAAUAGUGAGGGAAUGUCAGAUCUGUUGGCUUCGCUACCUUCAUAUACACCAGGAGCAAGAUCGAAACCGGGAACAUGCUAUAGUAGUGUGGGUCGAUGAUGCUAACUGUGUGCACUAUGUCCAGUAUAAUCGUCUUUCAAAUCGAAUACGAAUGCUUGACCGUCGUAAACGCUACGUGAUACAUGUGCUCAACAGCCACCUCGAGCCAGAACCUGUCCUCGGAGAUGAUUUCCCCUCAUCUCAAAGGGGUGAGCCUGUUGAAGACAUAGUGGGAAGCCAGGCUCUCUGCAACUUGGAGACAAGCGCACUUGAAGCUACAAGCUAAACACACACUCUACACACUUAUACUCUCAAACAUAUUAAUCUCUAAAGCCUUCUGUACAAUAUAUAAUACUCGUGUGUGUGUUCGUGUUCCAAGUUUUAAGUAUAAUAUAGCUACAAGCUAUAUAUACGCCCAAAAAUGUACAGACAAUAUAAUUAUAUUAUACACCCACCCGUCUAUUAUCUGUGAAUAUGUUUGUUAAUAUUGAUGUUUAGAUUGUGUAUAUUAUGUAUAAUCAAGUUUGAAAAGCUGAAUUAAAAAGCCACUUAUCCAAUCAAAACAA